UCCUCAAAGCGGCAGCAGUAUCGGAGGCAGCGCGCCUCGGUCUCUGGCCCCUUCACUCCGUGCCUUCUGCAGCUGCCACUGCAGCCGCGCGGCGGGGCUCCCUCCCUACAGCCAGCUCGCAGCCCCAGCUCUGUGCCUUGGCAAAGGGAAAAGGGCGCUCGGACACGCGUUCCAGGCGGGUCCGGAGAGCCCUCCCUGGGCGCCCUCGCUCUCCUGACGUCUCGCUUGCCCGCAGUUACUCCCUCAGCCCUUUGCUCCUGCGCAUCCACUCCCACACCGGGGAGCAGUUUCUGUUGGCGUGGGCUCCGUCCUCCCUCGGCCGGUGGGAACGGUGUGCCCCAGAGAGGAAGUCUGGUAGGCCCGGCCCCUCCCAGCCCAGCGCCCAUGAGUGCCAGGGCGCCCAAGGAGCUGAGGCUGGCGCUGCCGCCUUGUCUCCUCAACCGGACCUUUGCGUCCCCCAACGCCAGCGGCAGCGGCAACGCGAGUGCCCGCGGCCAGGGCACUGGCGGCAGCACCUGCAUUACGCAGGUGGGACAGCAGCUCUUCCAGUCCUUCUCCUCCACGCUGGUGCUGAUUGUGCUGGUCACCCUCAUCUUCUGCCUCAUCAUGCUGUCCCUCUCCACCUUCCACAUCCACAAGCGAAGGAUGAAGAAGCGGAAGAUGCAGAGGGCUCAGGAGGAAUACGAGCGGGAUCACUGCAGCGGCAACCGCGGGGGCAGAGAGGCCCCGGCCAGUGGCCAGGCCCCAACCCACGCAAAAGAAACCCGGCUGGGGAGGCAGCCCCGGGACUCCGCCUUCUGCGACCCCUCCAAGGCCUCCUCCUCCUCUUCCUCCUCCUCUUCUUCCUCCUCCUCCUCCUCCUCCUCGACCCCAGGCCUCCCAUGCCAGGGUCCCUAUGCUCCUCCGCCUCCGCCGCCAGUCCCCAGUCCGCAAGGAGCACAUGCCACCUCCUGUUUGGACACAGCUGGCGAGGCCCUUUUGCAAACGGUGGUACUGUCCUGAUUGUCCAGCCCCUCUCCUCCCCCUUCCUUGUCUCCAGCAUCAUUGCAGUCCUCGCUGGUCCCCUCAGUCCCCCCUCUCACUUUUCUCUGACCUCUCCCUUUCCUCCUUUCCUUGUUUGCCCUCCCCUUACUAUUUCUCCUCCGCCGAGGCACUGUGCGGUAUUUGUAAAUAUUGGGUAAGGAAAGUCUCGGAAGAAGAAAUAACGCUGAUAAGAAUACUUUAUUAUUAAUAUUUAUAGUAAUUAUUAUAAUACUAAUAACACAAUCCAAGCGCAUGACAAAUCACGUAAUUUCUCAUUGUCAAGGAAGGAUGCGUCUUCCCUCUCCACUCUGCGCCCCCCACAAUAGGAGGAGAAACCGCACAUGCUACCAAAUAUUUAACAGGUAUUAACCCGGAGCAAAGAUUGGAGGGGCCCAGUGUGUUGUACAUAGCUGUCAGGUUAAGGUUCCCCUACCCUCCGCCCCCCAAGCUUUCACUUUCCCGUCAGCUUCCCUCCCUUCCUCAUUCCCUCCCUCAGCCAGGCUCAGGCAAUAGUAGAUGAUGAAGAAAACGUCUACAUUAAGCGCCAGGACUACCAGAGGCCGCAGAGACAGUCCCAGAAAAACGUUAUGACAGGUACUGCUUUCCAGUCACUCCUCUUCUCACUCCUUAGUUAACCAUUCCCUUUUCCAGGACCAGGCAUUUUAAUUUACUUUUAGAUAUGCCCCUCGCUGGCCGAGCAUAAGUACAGUAAAAAUCUUUAAAUUAGUUUUUAAAAAUUUACUGCUUUAGCUCUCUGCCCCACCCCCACCUGUACACCUUUGAUUGUGGCAUUUUCAGGAUUCACAAAGGCCCCGGGAGCGGUCCAACCAGGUCUGGUGUUGGGGAGCUGUCCAGCCAGGUCUGGUGCUGAAAUGGCCUCACAGAACUGGUUACUUUUUUUUGGUUGUGCAGGCGAAGGAGGGUGACUAUUUUUGGAAAGUGACUAUUCUAUUUUUUUUGUUGGUUUCUUUCUUCUUUUUCUACAACCGGGUUUGUGUGUACUAUAGGUUUUCUUAAUAUUUAAUAUUGUAUAAGUUACCUUUUUUGUAAAAAAACAAACAAAACAAAACUAUUAGGUGAUGUUCAGUACUGAAAGUGCAGUAUCUAACCAACCAGAAUGUUUCUGUUUAAUUUUUAGGACAAGUACACCUUUGUUAUACAUUUAUUACCUUGGUACCAAAUACAGAAGAAAACUAUAGUUCUGUUAUACAUCCUCCAAACUGUAUAUUCUUGUUCUUAUUUUCCAGCUGUUAGUAUAAUGGUUAUCACUGGAUGAGAAAUUCAGUGGUGCAGUCUGACUUCUGCUGUUUCCAGAAGUGUUCUUUUGUAUCUUACUCUGUAAUAGACUGUUAUAUAAAUAUAACACAUAUGUUUUUCUUUUGCAAAUAACAGAAACAACCACAAUAGAAAACAAAUAAUGGAUGUGCAGGAAUGCCAUCUAUUAAAACAUGGCUAAUAUUUAAACAGUGCCUGUAAUCCUCCCUGCAUGCAAUUACCACCUGGAGGCAGUAGUGUGUAUGCUUGCUUGUACUGUAUGUGUUUGGAGGUGAGACUGGUGGGGAUGUUGGGCAAUUUGGAUGACAGGACAUGCAAAUUUCAAGAGAAGUUAAACCCAGUAACUACUUAUAGGAUAAAAAUAUUUGCAGCUUGCUUACUUAGAAAUCUGUGCUUGCAUUUGAAAUGUGGCAUAGGAAGUGUUCUCUUUCUCUUUAUGAGUCUGGCUUACCUAACUUCAAUGAAUACAUGAAGAAAGGUUGAAAAACACAGAAAGUGAGAGAAAAAGAUUAAUUGUUGUUGUUAUUGUUUUUGUUCUCUCUCCUGAUGCCAGAGAAGUCAAUCUAUGCUAGUAAUGGAGUCCACCCAUGGUUACUUAUCACUUUGUUUCCCCUGGACUGAUGAUGGUGAGCACAGAGCAUAUUACAAUCUUAAUUAUAUACAGUGACAUCCCUUCUUGGAAACCAAUCCUUGACAGCUAUUCAAACAUUUGGAAAAUGUAUGAGUGAGAAUGUUAUACAAAAAGCUCAACCAAAGGAGUCCUUACUACCUGCAGGGUGUAAAGCAACAGUGCCCCUAAGUGCAUCCCCUCCCAGGUAAUUAGUAGUUCUAGAUUCUUUGUCCUGGUUCCAAGCAUAUGUGCUUUUUCCCAGAGAAAAAUAUUACCUCUGAGGUUAAUUCGUCCAAAUUCAGUCUGCAUCUUUUAUAAAAAAUAAUUAAAUAAGCUUAAUUUUAAUCACCCAUUAGAUUUAACUCAAGUCCUUUCCUGAAGCACAGAGGAUCAUCAUUUAAGCAUGCCAUGUGGUCAUAUUAGGGAGAACAGGUAUAUAAUCUUUGGGUACAAUAUAUUAAACAAUGAACCAGAUUCUCUCCAGUGCCUUAGUCACUUCCUAGUAAUAGGUAAAAGAGUUCAUUAACUCACUCAGGCCACUAGUAAACCCUUUAGUGCAUCAGAGUUAUACGUUGUACACCAGAAGGACUAAGGCACUGUGUCAAAGAAAGUCCAUUAAUAUUUGUAGUUCACCCUCUUCUGGCUGUAGCCCUUUAAUACCUUAUUACAGAAUGACGUUUGGAUUUGAAAUUUGAAUAGAAUCAAGGACUCAGAAGGGAGCUUCCUCAUUUCCAUUGAACUCCACUAAGUGCAUGAGUAUUACUUUCUACCCCUUAUUUGGUGCACUCUUUAUAGUGAAUAAUUCCCAGUUUAUUAAAAGCAAUAAGAUGUUCUGUUGUGAGCAAUGCUGGAUAAUGAUUCCAUUUCCUUGGUGCUGAAGCCACUCAUACAUUCUUGCCUUAUGAAUCAUAGUGCAUUCAAGGCAUGCAAUAAUAAUAAUAAUCCCCUUCCAAGGAGCAGCCUGUAGACUCCAAGGGUAAUUAUGAAAUUGUCCUGUGUAAUUUACCUCCAAAGGAACAGAGGAAACAGAAGAAAUGAUAGCAUUAUGAAUAUUGUUCUUAAAAAAUAUCUUGAUAUCACUAAACAUGGGCACACAUCCAUAACAUACUCUUAUUGGGCACCUUUAAAUUAUGUAUGCCUUUCUCCAUUAAUUGACUCUGGUUUAAUAUUUUUAAUACUGCUGUGUGUGAAGAUGAUGUGGUUUGUGAGUCAAAUUUCAUGCUGAGUUUAAUAUUCUCAGAACCUUAAGCUUCCAGCGAUAUCACUUGAGACUCUUUAUGAGAGAGAGAAUUACCUGAAAUUCUAGUCAUGCCAGUCCCACCAAAUUAUUGCAAUAGGCACAUAUCCAAGCAAUUUGCACAGAUCCUGUUUAAAGUAUUGCUUCUUAUAAGAGCUCAAUUGACAGUCUAAGGAGUUUGGGAUGUAUCAACAGAGCAUUUUGGAUUUCAUUAAUAUAAAACAAAAGACAAUCUGGAAAUAGCUAAAUCUAUCUUAAAGAUUUUAUUCACUGAUGUCCCGUCAAACUAAUUGCUUCAAAUCCCUAUAGCUAUAGCUCAACUUCUGCACUUGCUAUUCAGUAUUAAUAAGGUGGCAUGCUUGAUUCUUAUUGUUUUUAAAAAUGAAAAAAAUUGGAGAGAGAAUACCAUUAUGUCAACUGUAUGGGACUCUGAUGGAUACAAUCUUCUUUAGAAUUUAUAUACACCCAUAGAUAUGUAUUUAUAUAUACAUACAUUUUGUACAAAUUUACAAUUGACUUUUUGUAUUCUCUUUUCUGCCAUUACAAGAAUGAGAUGGAAACCAAAUAGUUAUUCCAUCCUCUUAUCCAGAGAGGAUACUGAGAAGUCAGGUAUAUGCAUGUACUUAUUUCUCUGGGGUCAAAUCUGAAUGUCUUUCUCUUUAUUUAAUGAAAGGGGAGAGUUCUGAUUGGCUUGGGAAAUUGGUAAUUAGAUAAGCUUCCUUUCAUAGGUAGUGACUCAAAUUAGCAAUGAUAAUGAACUUGUGACCAUAUCUAUGUGGUCUUAAUAUCUAGGUGGAAAGCAAAAUACAUCUAGAAGAGGUUUAGGACCACCUAGACCACAAACCUGGAUUGUUGCUCGAUUUUCUAUUUUUAAUCUAUAUGUUGUGUGGAAAUAAAACAUAUCUGCAUAGCUAAAGGUAAAGUAAAAAUAUGACCAUUAUAUGUUUAGUUUGAUAAGUAGUUUUUGAAAAAUAUGGAUACAUUAGCUUUAAAAACUUUGGCAUCUGACUUUUCCAUCAUUUCUAUUUAUAUCAAUUGAAUUAAUUAGAUAAUGUUCAAAAUUCUAUUUUUUUUUCAUUGUGAUGACAUAUGCUUUCAAUUCUUUUCUGUGGGUGACAGUUGAGCAAUUGCUAGUGAUAUUAUGUGGAACUUGUAGGUUAAAUUAGAACCAGAAACUUUCAUCUAAUCUGGUCAGACUCCUCAAGUCCACUUUGAAUCUGAAUCUGAAAAGCCACUUAUCUAGGCCAGCCUCUGUUGAAACUAAUAAUUGUGGCUUAAAGAUAUUUGGUUCACAUGAAUUGAUUGAUUUAUAGAGCGGUAUUUAAUCAUUGAUUGAAUAAUAAUUUAUCCUGAUUCUGAUUUUUUUUUUAGUUUAUUUGAUAGCAUUUGAGAAAUAACUGAUGGCUUAACAUCAAUACUUAUUAAUGUCACCAACCUAAUAAUACAAUUGGUGCCAUGUAGGAAUGCUUAGCUAAGAACAAGAAUUUAAUUAACUUUAAUCGGGGACAAUGUCUUAUGAAGUGGUUCUAUGUGAGGCAGAGACUUGUGACUUAAUUGGGUUGUUUUUAUAGAGAGAUUAACAAUAGUGAUGACAACAAGAACAACAACAGAGAAACUGAUUUUUGAACUCAAAUAUAUCUAAAACAAUAAUAAAACAGAUAUUAGAAUUCAUGGAAAAUUUGUUUUGCUUUUCUAUUAAUAAAAAGUUUUCUUGUUAAA